AUGACCAUCAGUCUCCAUCGUUCGGCCUUCUUCGAGGCUAUCCUCAAGCAUGAAAGAUCCUCGGUCGCGGUAGUGGAGAACGAAUCUGGUGCAAGCUUCUCCUACAGUUCAUUGCUUAACAGCGUUGCGCGUGCCAAAGAGCAGUUGCUCACUGAGACGGGGAAAUGCGACACUAGUAUUUCUGGCGAGAGAAUUGCUUUUUUGGUGGAAAGUGGCUAUGAAUAUGUUGUCACAUUGUUGGCCAUCCUCGCCUGCAACGCCAUUGCUGUGCCAUUGGCCCCCUCUUUCCCUGCGCCUGAACUAAGAUACAUCAUCAACAACAGCGAGGCCCUUGCUCUCAUCUCUUCUGCCAAGUAUGUUUCCAAGGCCGAGGAGGUACUGGCGGAAGGCUUGGACAGCACCCCCUUAUUCUACCAACGCGAUGGAACGCGAAACAUCUCGACGGUUGAGGAAGAAGUCAAGUUGCUUGACUUCUCGGAUGAGCCUCGCGGUGGCAUGAUGCUCUUCACCUCGGGAACUACUGCACGACCCAAAGGUGUCGUUCUGUCUCAGACAAACCUCACAGCUCAAGCAAAGUGUCUUCUGGAAGCAUGGAAGUAUGCGCCCAGCGAUAGACUCUUACAUGUCUUGCCACUUCAUCACAUUCAUGGCACCGUCAACGCUCUUCUCACACCGCUGCUGGCAGGUAGUAGCAUUGAGUUCAUGUAUCCGUUCAACGUGAACUUUGUCUGGACGAGGCUUGCUGCACCAUUUCUAGCAGCUGAAAAAGUCAACGGCCACGCUGGAGAGACCACUGGUGCUCAGAAAGAUGAGACAAAAGUGCCCAUCACUUUCUUCACCGCUGUCCCCACGAUCUGGUCGCGAAUGCUGAAAGCCCACGAAUCUCUAUCACACGACAUGCAAGAGGCCGGUAAAACAGCUGUGUCACCAAAGAACCUCCGGCUCAACAUCUCCGGCUCAGCAGCUCUCCCGAAGCCAAUCCGCGAUGGUUGGAUGCAGCUCACGGGCGGAAACGUACUUCUCGAGCGCUAUGGAAUGACCGAAGUCGGGAUGGCGCUUUCUUGUGGUCUUGAGAAUGCCGAUCGCGUUGAUGGUUCUGUGGGCUGGCCACUGCCAUCCGUUGAGGCGCGCCUCAUGGAAACUGACGACGAGACCGGAGUUCAAAGAAUCAUUGAGCACGGCGCUGAGAUCGACGCUCACUCUGGAAAGGAGCGCAUCGGAGAGAUUCAGCUUCGUGGGCCCACUGUGUUCACUGGAUAUUGGCGCAACCCCGAGGCCACUGCCAAGGAGUUUACUACCGAUGGAUGGUUCAAAACUGGCGAUAUUGCCAUUCGACGAAAGGUUCCAGAAUCUGGUCUUGGAAAAUCAGGUUCCUGGGCAAAAGGACCAGCAUACUUCAUCCAAGGCCGCCGCAGUGCAGAUAUUAUCAAGACGGGCGGCGAGAAGGUUUCAGCCCUCGAGGUCGAGCGCGAGAUCCUCGCCCUUCCUGAAGUUGACGAGUGCGCCGUCGUUGGUCUACCCUCCGAGGCAUGGGGACAGAAAGUCGCAGCUGUGAUUGUCCUCAGCAGCAAGGAUGGUGGAUCGAUCACCCUGCAGAGUUUGAGGAGUGCGUUGAAGGCAAGGAUCACAGCGUAUAAGAUCCCGCAAGACAUGGUGAUUGUUGAGGUCUUGCCACGGAAUGCUAUGGGGAAGAUUAACAAGAAGGAAUUAGUUAAGAGUGUUUUUGGAGAUGCUGAGAAGAUCAGGAGAAGAAGUAUUGAUCUUCAAACAAAGCGGCCUGUUCUAAAUGGGAAACGUGGUUGA